GGGUCCUGAAUUUACACUCGCUGAAUAAACGACAGAGCGGUUGAUACAGGAAUAAGCAACAGCGCAUCACAAAACUCGGAGCUGUCGCCAUUUACCUGUAGCUUUUUCAGGGAUAUCGAUAUUUAAUUCAUUUGAGUCCAUUCGUGUCGUGAUAUUUAAGUGUUACGGGAGAAACAAAUCGUUCUGUGAAGACUUGAGUGAAGAACGCGAAUAUCCGGGAGUGUAGCAUCCGUGGCUAUUAGACUAAACGCAUCAAAUCUGUCCGCCAGUAAUAUUUGGAUUUCUGUUUGAGCAGAUUUUAGUGGCCGGAAAGUUGUGAUACUUCGAUUACUUUGUUUGACAUUUAUCAUAUCGUCCAUAGAAGUCGAUUAUUUAGAUAACGUUAUAAUCGCGAAGGCUCCGGAGGCCGCGGAGCUGCGCUGCUAGCUUCUCACCCGCAAGUCGGCAAAGAGGAAAUUAAACGGUGAUUUCAUAUCUUGGGAUUUCAGUGGACCACUAACUCUCCCCUCGACAACCACACUUCUACACGGACUCAUAUUGUUUGAGGAUUUAUCAUUUUCUUCUCAUUGUCAGAGGAUUUUCCUCCUCCGUGUCCUCAGCUAUCACCGACUAGCUGCUUCCGGCGAGCUGGCGACGCCGCUUAUCUCAGGAUAGACUAAACUCUCUGCCUCCUGCCUUUGAGGUGUGAGUCAGCCAGACUUCUUUUCCUGUGACUGGGCUGUCAGUUAUCAGUCAGUGAUGUCAGAAGAAGGAAAGCCGAACGCCGCACCUGCGCCUGCAUCCGCUAUGGACUCGAAGUCUGAGUCCACAGCCUCGCCGCCGACCGGCCAGGGGGUUUCAUCUGUGUCUCCUCCGGUGUCCACAGUAACACAGCCUGCACCUUCUGCAACUGAGGAUGAGGAGGAGGAGAGCGAGGAUGAAUCUGAGAUUCUGGAGGAAAGCCCCUGUGGACGCUGGCAGAAACGGAGAGAAGAGGUUAACCAGCGCAACGUCCCAGGUAUCGACAAUGCUUAUCUUGCCAUGGACACAGAGGAAGGUGUGGAGGUGGUGUGGAAUGAGGUCAUGUUUUCUGAACGGAAGAACUUCAAGCUGCAAGAGGAAAAAGUGAAAGCGGUGUUUGAUAACCUCAUCCAGCUGGAACAUGUGAAUAUAGUAAAGUUUCACAAGUACUGGGCAGAUGUGAAGGAGAACAGAGCCCGGGUUAUUUUCAUUACAGAGUACAUGUCUUCUGGGAGCCUGAAACAGUUUCUAAAGAAGACAAAGAAGAAUCAUAAGACUAUGAAUGAAAAGGCAUGGAAACGCUGGUGCACUCAGAUAUUAUCUGCCUUAAGCUAUCUGCAUUCAUGUGAACCUCCCAUUAUCCACGGGAACCUGACAUGUGACACCAUUUUCAUACAGCACAAUGGACUCAUCAAAAUCGGUUCAGUGGCCCCAGACACCAUUAAUAACCAUGUGAAAACAUGUCGGGAGGAACAGAAGAGUUUGCACUUCUUUGCUCCAGAGUAUGGAGCUGUUGCCAAUGUCACUACAGCUGUGGACAUCUAUUCCUUUGGAAUGUGCGCCUUAGAGAUGGCUGUGCUGGAAAUCCAAAGUAAUGGAGAGUCCUCAUAUGUGUCACAAGAAGCCAUUAAUAGUGCCAUCCAGUCUCUGGAAGACCCACUGCAGAGAGAGUUUAUUCAGAAGUGUCUGGAGGUGGACCCCGACAAGAGGCCCACAGCCAGAGAGCUGCUUUUCCAUCAAGCUCUGUUUGAAGUGCCUCUUUUGAAACUCUUGGCUGCACACUGUAUCGUCAGUCACCAGCACAUGAUCCCUGAAAAUGCUUUGGAAGAAAUGACCAAGAACAUGGACCCCAACCAGGUCAUUAUGGAAAGGAAAGAGGUCCAACUAAAACUCUCACAGUUUCCUGCUUUAGAGCUUGACAAGUUUCUUGAAGAUGUGAGGAACGGGAUUUAUCCGCUGACUGCCUUCGGAGUGCCCUGCCCACAGCAGCCUCAGCAAGAGGCUGUCAAGUCCCCCAUCGUGCCACCCUCUGUCAAAACACCUACGCCUGAGCCUGCAGAGCUGGAGACCAGGAAGGUCGUACAAAUGCAGUGCAACAUUGAGCCUGUGGAGGAAGGAGCAAAACAUCAUUUGACCUUACUGCUAAAACUGGAAGAUAAGCUGAACCGACACUUGAGUUGCGAUUUGGCACCAAAUGAGAAUGUACAGGAGUUGGCUGUGGAACUGGUGCAGCUUGGCUUCAUUAGUGAGGGGGAUCAGCCACGUCUCACUACUGUGCUGGAGGAGGCGUUCUCUAGAUUCUACAGCCGUAACGGCUCUCUGAAUCCUGUAACCGUCUCCUCAUAGCAAAGGGUCGAAUCUGCCAGCUCCUCUCCACCAUCCUUUAUCUUCAUGCACGGGACGGGACUCUAACGCUUCAUCACUCGGAAGAUUUUGUGCGAGCUUUGCGGGGAGGGAUCAGAACGCCUCGAACUGAGCCUGAGAAAGAAAAACACCCCUGCGCUCUGUUCUUCACACUGCUUUAGGUGGUGGAAAAGUGUUGGCUGGUGGUUCCCGUGUACAUUUAUUCUGUCAGUGUAGCAGUCUGCUUCUCUGUUUUAAAAGAAGAAAAAAAUGACUCGGUUAUUAUUUAAAUCAGUAUUACGAGCUGUAUUUUGGAGCGUUUUUGCUUACAGUAUGUGUGGGAUGGGUUACUUCUGGUUUGCACUUCUUCUUGCAAAUCUUUUUUUGUUGUCUUUUUAGGCACAUCACAUGCAUAUUUCAUGGUCUUUUAUUCACUCUUUCAAUCAUUCAUUUAUUCUUUUUUUAUUCUAAGAGGAAUGCGUUACUGCGUUAUUUUGAAAUUACCAAAUUACAUUGUCUUUGUACCUUUUAAGGCACACAUUAAUUGUGGUAAACUUUGGUCUGCAAUGCAAGAUCUACGACGACUGUGAAAGGAAAGGGGUUCUCGAAAUGUUGAAAAAAGCAAACAGAUUAUUUAUCUAUAUGCGUAUGGUCUAUCUUGAAGCGUGUUUCACUUUCAUCAUUGUGGCGGCUGUUUUUUUCCUUUAUUACCUGUGAAUGUAUGCUGUAAGUUUUCAUUUUAAUGGUUUCUAAGAGAAGGGCACCUGUCUGUUUUCCCUGUAUGUGACACAGUUAUGAGUUUCAGUAUAAAGAAAUGAUCUCCAGUGCACCAGAUGUGUUAAAAUGUGCCUUCAACAGACACAAUCAGUCCAUAUUCAGAAGACCCAUAGACAAACACAUUGUAUUAUUCCUUUUUUCAUUGUGCAGAUCCUGUAGUGUUUUCUUUCUCAACUGGUCUGCAUGCUAGUAUACUGUAACAUUUUUUUUGUAUUUGCAGUAUAUAAAAACUCCUAGGGUUUCUGAUGGAGCGUUUUUUGUGGGGGCGGCAUUUCAGUCCAAAUUAGCAAUUUGCACUGAUUUGUUUUAUGUUGAUGGCAAUAACUUUCAUAUUCACCUCGAUGGUACAUCAAAAUCAUCUAAUUUGAAAUUAUGCAUGAAAUGUGGUUAAACAACUGAAAAAUUCUAGUUUUCUUUACAAUUACAAAAAUGGUUCGAAUUGCGAAUUGCUUUAGACAUUGGACAGUAGAGUGGAAGCAAAAAAAGCACUUUUUUUUUUUUUUUUUUUUUUUUUUUUUUUUUUUGUUAAUGCAGACCAGCAGUGACAAAUUAGAACGAUUUUAAAUGGGUGAUUCAUUCUGUGCUUGUUUUGAAAGAAAUGACAGGCUUCGUAUCAAUCCCUCUCUCAUUUUGGUCUGUUUAACAGGAGGAAACGAUUGCCCAAAAUCAUUUUGAAGUGUCUAGUUUGUCUCAUAAAAAACAUUAAGAAACUCAUAACUGCUUUUACUCUGUUAACCCUCUAUCUUUUCAAAUUUGCACCAUUUAUUGAUAUAAAGAUGAGAUACGGAGUACUUC